UAUAUGUCCCAUAAACCUCGAAGUCUAGCUUCUACUUGCAACAUCUUGACAUGUUUCUUCCUUGUCUUUAUACUCACUUUUGAGAGACUCGACAUUUGAAACGAGUAUCGCUAUGCAACAUCUUGACAUGUUUCUUUCUUGUCUUUAUACUCACUCUUGAGAGACUCGACAUUUGAUGACUAGACAUUUGAAACGAGUAACGGGAGCGAAUAAUGGAAGUAUUUUUCUUUUUAACUUUUAAAAUAUCUAAAUGGUCAAUAAACUUUUAACUUUGACUCAACAAAUCCACGUUGGAGAAUCAAUAAACCAUUUUUGAGGUUUACACAAAGGAUUCGCGAGCAAGAAGCAAAAUGGCGGAGGUUUUAGCCGGAGUAUCUCAGGCGUCUUUAUUUUUCCGACCACGACUCGGUGGAACUCUCAGGAGCAACAAAUUUUCCGUUAAACGCCUUCAAUUUCAAUCCACAAUCGGUAGAGGAAUUUCCUUUGAUUGUAAGACGGUAGUAUCUGCUAUCCGUGCAACUGACUCCAAAAAUGAAGACAUUGACAUUUAUCCAGACACCACUGGCGGUGAUUCUUCCGAUAAAGGGAUUGGAGGAGGUGGUAGCGGUGGAGGUGACGGUGGUAGAGGCGAUAAUGAGGGGAAUAGUGGGGAGGGAGAGGAAUCUAAUGCUGACAGCCGGAAGAAAGCUUUGUCAAUGUCGCAGAAAUUAACUCUUGGAUAUGCUGCACUAGUAGGAGUUGGUGGCUUAAUGGGAUAUUUGAAAGGUGGUAGCCAAAAGUCACUAUUGGCAGGGGGAGUCUCGGCCUCACUAUUGCUUGUUGUCUUUAAACUUCUCCCUGACAACCCUGUUCUUGCAUCGUCCUUGGGUCUUGGCCUUUCUGCCGCACUAUUGGUAGUAAUGGGGUCUCGUUUCAAGAAUUCGGGGAAGAUAUUUCCAGCCGGUAUUGUAUCUCUCGUGUCCUUUAUAAUGACUGGAGGUUACAUGCAUGGAAUUUUGCGUAGCUCGCACUGAAAUGUAAUACGUCGAAGUUUUUAAAAAUAAACGUUUGGUUCAGUUCGUUCGGCUCUUCGCUCUUAGAAUGUAUGAUGUUUGAAAAAUUGUUGGCAGCUUCCUUGGAGCCAUGUCUUGUGAUAGUCAUUUGGAUGUGUUCGUCUUUGUACAACUCUUUUUGUAUUUGGAUUGGAGUUUUAGGUCUGUGAAGUUGAUUUUGAUAUACCUUCAACUUUGUACUCGACUCUUCAGGUGGGUAGAUUAGUAGAUGUUGAAUGUUACAAACGUUUGUGUUAA